ACCUGUCCCUGGCCGUCCAGCAAGUUUCUACACCCCGAUGACCAUCGCACUACCUUUUGCUAGGUGGGGCAUAGACCUGCUGGGCCCUCUGCCAACGGCUGCUGGUGGAAGGAAGUUCGUCAUCGUGGCGGUUGAUUAUUUCACGAAGUGGGUCGAGGCCGAGCCGUUGGCCUCCAUCACUGAAUUCCAGUGCCAGAAGUUCGUCUGGCAGAACAUCAUUUGCCGCUUCGGAAUCCCAGAGCAGAUCAUCACUGACAACGGCCGGCAGUUCAUCGGCAGAGGCUUUGAGGCAUACUUGGCAAAGUGGGGCAUCAGGCACUCUAAGGCCUCGGUGGCCUACCCACAGGCCAACGGCCAAGUGGAGAACAUGAACCGGACCAUCAUGGGUGGAAUCAAGAAGAAGUUAGAGGACUACGCCUCCACCUGGCCGGAACAGCUGAAUUAUGUCUUGUGGACGUAUAGAACAACGCCCAGAACGGCAACUGGCGAGACCCCUUUCGCCUUAGCUUAUGGUUUCCAAGCUAAGGUACCGACGGAAGUAUUGGUACCUACACACCGCACCAAGCACUUCCAGCCGGAGGACAACGAGACCAACCUGCGAGCGGAGCUCCAUUUCAUUGAGGAACGGAGGGACCUGGCGGCUCGACGCAUGGAAGAGUAUCACAGGGCCACCCAGAGAUACUUCAACAAGGCUGUGAAAUUCCGCGAAAUAGAGGCCGGGGACCUCGUACUCAGGAAAAGAGAAAAGAGCAAGCCGCUCGAAGGCGGCAAAAUGGCGAAGAACUGGGAGGGACCUUACCGGGUCAUCAGAAGAUACAACCAGGGGACGUUCCUCCUCCAUACCCUGGAGGGGAACCAUGCCGGGAUGUGGAACGUUGAACACCUGAAAAAGUUCUAUCAAUAGUUAGAGGCUGAUGUCCUUGUUAUGUUUCCACUCCCAUGUAAAAUGACCGGACGUCGUCAAUAAUAAAGGCCCCCUGUUUUUUCUUUUUUACAUCAUUUCCGUUCUGCCAACGACCGCUAAAGAAGGGAAUCUCGAUGCAGAUACACCUGUUCCUCCUUGUGAUGUCUGCGGAUACCGAACGUCUCCUCGAAGUAGGGACGCCGGUAGGACCAAGGACCAAGGACGAACGAAGCACUAGGGAAUCUCGAUGCAGAUACACCUGUUCCUCCUUGUGAUGUCUGCGGAUACCGAACGUCUCCUCGAAGUAGGGACGCCGGUAGGACCAAGGACCAAGGACGAACGAAGCACUAGGGAAUCUCGAUGCAGAUACACCUGUUCCUCCUUGUGAUGUCUGCGGAUACCGAACGUCUCCUCGAAGUAGGGACGCCGGUAGGACCAAGGACCAAGGACGAACGAAGCACUAGGGAAUCUCGAUGCAGAUACACCUGUUCCUCCUUGUGAUGUCUGCGGAUACCGAACGUCUCCUCGAAGUAGGGACGCCGGUAGGACCAAGGACCAAGAACGAACGAAGAUCACCUCCUUAAAAAAAAAAAAAAAAAAAAAAGAAAAAAAAAAAAAAGAAAAAAAAAAAAAAAUGGGGAGAAGAGGAGAGAAGCUCCUACACGGAAGGGAAUCUUGCCCGGGUGUGCCAG